GAGAUUCCAAUUAAAAAGAAAGAAAGAAAGCAUACGAAGACAAAAGAAGCGACGGAAGCGAGCAUCGGCGGCUCGUCCGCGCUGCCGACUCCCCUUAACAUGAUCUACUACCCCAUCUCCUCCGUCACGACCAUGGCCUCCUCCUCCCCUCAUUCCUUCCUCAAACCCCGUCGCCUCCACCACCAAAACCCUAACCCUAACACUAACCGUAAGCUGACCUCGUCCUCCCUUUCUCCAUCCGCAUCCUCUUCUUCCUCCUGCAACCACUCCCCUUCCGCAACACUCGACCUCAUCAUUCUCGUCCUCGUCCUCUUCUCCUGCACCUUCCUCAUUGCUUCGUCGUUCUCGCACAUCAUCCGCGCUGUUUCCUCCCUGAUUCCUCUCAUCCCAAUCUCGGACCCUCUCCCAUUCCUCGCCGGCUUCCUUGUCUUUCUUGCUGCCUUCAUCGGCGCAGUCGAGAUCGCCUGCUACCGAGCCUUCAUAUGGUCCCGCCGAUGCGAGAAUCCGCGAUGCCGGGGUUUGAGGAAGGCGAUGGAAUUCGAUGUCCAGAUUCAGACAGAGGAUUGUAUUCGGUUUAUCUCGUCGGGAACCGGAUCGGGUUCGGCGACGGCGGUUGCGUGGAAGGAGAUUGACGAGCUUCCGUGGAAGGGGGGUCAGCAGGGGAAUAAUCCGGAUUAUGAGUGUUUACGUGCCGAGCUUCGGAGAAUGGCUCCGCCGAAUGGUCGGGCUGUGCUGCUUUUUCGCGCUCGAUGUGGUUGCCCCUUGGCGAAGCUCGAGGCGUGGAGCCAGAAACGUGGUCGCCGGCAUAAAAAGUGAGUGGGAUUUGCAUAUGAUGCCUCAUGUUUUUAUGAUUUGCUGCUGUUAUUUUAUGGAACCUUUUUUUCCCAAAUUUGUUUCGAUGGGUUGAGAUGUUACACUGGCAGUGUUAAUUGGUGCG